AUGGCCGCUUCUUCAUUGUCUGUCGAACAACUCAAACGGAUUGAACGUAAUCGAGCAGAAGCUAUGCGACGAAUGGCUUUACGUCAGCAACGAGAAAAGGAACUGGGAAAUAUAAGUAUAAUGGAUAACAGUUAUUCCAUCACUGACAUCUCAGCCACAUCCAUAAAUGAACAAAUGAUGUUACUAUCGGAGCUCGGGUCUUUCAAUUCAUCCAACAAAGCGUCUGCUAUACUUCAGAAGCCUAUGCAGCAGCUUAUAACAAAAAGUCAUGGUGGAUCCAAAUUUCCUCUGGCUACAUCCCAUCAGUUAGCAUCAGCUUCAAAGUAUGUCAUAACAUAUCGUGAUGAGCAACAACCAUCCACAUCUGCUUUAUCCAUUCCAUCAAAAGUUGAAGUGGAUCGCAAACUGUUACCUGUGGUAUCACCUGUUAAACGACCGCCCGUUGCCGCAACUAUUCAUCUUAAGCAGAGUGUUGUUAACAUUAUCUUCAAACUUAUCGAUUCCAAAUCUUUUCAAGUACAGUUCACUCCUUUCAGUCAUUCAGUUAUCUCUGUUCUGAAGGCAAUCCCAUCUAAAAUUUAUGUUCCCGAAACAAAAGCUUGGUCAUUUCCUCUGGAAGACAUUUAUACAGUUGAGAAAGCCUUGCAAUCAUUAGAUGAUGUCUCAGUAGAAAUCGAAAGAAUUUCGGAUCAUGCUAUACUAUUAACUUAUGGUAAAUCAAAUGUUAGUAUGAACGAGCCUAAUCUUGAAAAGCAUAUUGAAAAGACAUUGGUUGAUGCGCUUUUUCCAUAUCAACGUCGAGGUAUAAUGUAUGUUGUACUAUAUGGUGUAAUGAAAAGAGGCCGAUUGCUUUUGGCCGAUGAAAUGGGACUUGGAAAAUCGAUUCAGGCUCUUGGUAUCGCCCGAUAUUUUAAAUGUGAUUGGCCUCUGCUUAUUGUAUGUCCAUCAUCUGUAAAAUUCUCCUGGUUGAAUCAGCUUGAAAGUUUUUUACCGAAUGUUGAUGAAAUCGUCAUCAUUGAAAAAGGAAGCGACCACUUACCAUUAAAGAAAACCAAGCAAACGGUGGUUAUCAUCAGUUAUGACCUGAUGGUUUCUAAACAGUUUCAUCUUGUUGAAUACGAUUUUAAAGCAAUCAUUUUUAAAAAAGCAUUACGAGUUAUUUUACUGACUGGAACGCCGGCUCUUUCACGGCCAGUGGAAUUAUUCAGCCAGAUUCGUAUUAUCGAUUCUAAAAUGUUCCCAAACUACCGUGAUUUUGCAACUCGAUACUGUAAUGGGAAACAAGGGAAAUACAGUUUUGAAGCCAAAGGCUGUACAAAUAGUGAUGAAUUAGCAAUAAUUCUAACGGGUAGUAUCAUGUUGAGGAGGUUAAAAAAAGAUGUCCUGAAUGAUCUUCCAGUAAAAAGACGAGAGGUUGUUAACCUAACGGAUGAUUCCAUUUACACAAAUAUUAGCAAACUGCGAGAAGCAAAGGCUGCUUAUAGUGGCGCCAAGGAUAAUGAUACAAAACAUCAACGAUUGGUUGAGUAUUACUACGAGACAGGAAUUGCUAAAGCAAGAAGUGUUGCUCGGUAUAUUAUUGAUCAUUAUUUUUACAAUGGCGCACCAAAAAGGAAAUUGUUGAUAUUUGCUCAUCAUCAAAUCGUCUUGGAUAUAAUAUCAAUGGACAUCGCAAAAAAGGGGCUGCGAUCGAUACGAAUCGAUGGUGCGACAGUUAGCCGGUCACGUGAUGAACAAUGUCGAUUAUUUCAGGAAAAUAAUGAUGUUAUGGUUGCAGUUUUAUCAAUAACUGCUGCGGGUAUUGGUGUUACUUUAACAGCCGCGUCGAUUGUUAUAUUUGCUGAAUUACAUUGGAAUCCGGGUACUUUAAAGCAAGCCGAAGAUCGAGCUCAUAGGCUUGGCCAGAAAGAUUCAGUUUUUGUGCAAUAUUUAAUUGCUAAAGGCACAGCAGAUGAUAUAUUAUGGCCGUUAAUCCAGAAGAAACUUGAUGUUUUGCAUUCGUGCCAAUUAUCCUCCGAUACUUAUCGAGGCACUAAUAGCGUUGAAACAACGAUGGGCUCUGAAAGUGGUGGCUUGGAGAAUCAUUUUCCAAGGAUUAAACGAAUUAGAUCCACUAUAGGAUGA